AUGAGAUCUCUCACAGAAGAAGAGACACGGACGCUCUUCACGAAGCUAGCUUCCUAUACCGGCCGCAGUCUCAAUGCUCUUAUUACCCCGGCUGAAGAUGGUACCCAGAAUGUUUUCCGCUUGCAAGGGUCCCGGGUUUACUAUGUGAACAAGGAAAUUGCCAACCUGAGCGUUUCAUUUCCUCGCGAUGUUUUGCUCAGCGUUGGAACCCAAAUUGGGAAAUUCACUAAAACUGGCAAGUUCCGCAUCAACCUGACAGCUCUGGAUCUCCUGGCGCAACACGCCCGGUACAAGGUCUGGAUCAAAGCAAACGGAGUUAUGCCUCUGCUCUAUGGCGGUUCGGUUUUGAAAGCCCAUGUGGCUAGAUUCAGCGAGGACUGCCCCGAGAAUGCAGGCGUUGUGAUAUAUGACUCGAACGACGUACCCCUAGGAUUCGGAGUCACAGCAAGAUCAUCCGCGCAGAUCGCAAAAUUGGACCCUACCAGUAUCGCGGUCCACCGUCAGGCGGACUCGGGAGAGUACCUUAGAGAGGAGGAUACCUUGUUCACAACCUAA